AUGACACGCCAACUCAUCCCCCAACUCUCACGGCAUGUUGACGGCCAUGGCAGCGGCUCCGGCCAGUCGGUCCGCAGCAACACCGCCUACUCGGUGCGCGAAGCGCCGUUCGGAACGCCGCGCCCAAUCCGCAUCAUCGGCAUCGGUGCCGGAGCCAGCGGAAUCAACAUGAUCCGCACUCUCAGAAACACACUCGACCCCUCGACAUACGAACUUGUGAUUUACGAGAAGAAUGCGGACGUCGGAGGUACGUGGUUCGAGAACCGCUACCCGGGUUGCAAGUGCGAUGUGCCCAGCCACAACUACCAGUUUUCCUGGAGGCCUAACCCUGCGUGGUCGAGUUUCUUCGCACCCGCAGCUGAGAUUGAGGAAUACUUGUGCCGGAUAUGUGACGAUGAGAACAUGAGCCCAUACAUCAAGACGUCGCACCAGAUCGUUGCCGCAUCGUGGUCGGAGUCGAAGGCCGUUUGGGAAGUGCAGAUCAAGGACCUGGAAACAGGAGCUAUCAUCACCGACCAUGCCAACUUCAUCAUCGAUGCGACAGGGAUUCUCAACAAGUGGAAAUUCCCAGACGUGGAAGGCAUCUCAGACUACCAGGGCACCCUCAUCCACAGCGCAAACUGGCCGAAGAAGUUUGACUACGCAGGCAAGAAGGUCGCUGUGAUCGGUAACGGAGCGUCCGGUGUGCAGAUAGUGCCAGCCAUUCGCCCUCAUGUAAAGGAGCUCCAUCACAUCAUUCGGACGCCCACUUUGAUCAUCCCACCACGGGUGGCAACCAUGAAGAUGGGCCCUUCUGCCCCUUUGAUGCAGCAGAUUGAGAUGGACGAAGAAGAACGCUUCUCGCCAGCGCAGAUUGAGCGGUUCAAGAACGACCCGGAAUUCUACCAGAAGUUUGCAAAGACUCUGGAAACCGACUCCAACAUCAAGUUCGCGGUAGCACUCGUGGCAGGCAGUCCCCAGCAGAAGUGGGCUUUGGGCAAGACGAAAGAGUUCAUGAUGGCGAUGCUCAAGGGUGACGAGAAGCUCUGCAAACAGCUCAUCCCCGACUUCGCGCUGGGUUGUAAGAGGCUUACUCCUGCACCCGGGUAUCUCGAAUCUUUCCACGACCCUAAGGUUUCUCUUCACACGGAUGCUAUCAAGAGGUUUGUAGCCAACGGAAUCGAGCUGAAUAACGGACAAGUCCUCGAAGUUGAUGCCAUCAUCUGUGCCACUGGCUUCGACUCUUCGUUCCGCCCCUCGUUUCCUCUCACCGGCCGGAACGGAAACUUGCAGGACAUCUGGGCCGAGCAGACACCCAAGGCGUACAUGUCCCUCGCCGUUGCCGGCCUGCCCAAUUACUUCAGUGAGCUGAACUCCACUCCGCAUAUAUGGAGCCCUUUUCUAACAGCAGCCUCAGAGUUCCUUGGUCCCAACGCACCCAUCGCCCAUGGUGAUGUUUUUACACUUAGCGAGCACUUCGCCACCUACAUCGCCAACACGAUACGCAAGUGCCAGACGGAAAGCAUCCGGUCCAUCACCCCAUCGGAGGCGGCCGUCGAGGACUAUUUCGAGCACACCGCCGCAUUCAUGCCUCGCACGGCAUUCACGGGCGGGUGCAGAUCCUGGUACAAACAGGGCGAGGUGAACGCCCCCGUGACGGGCCUGCACCCGGGGAGCAGGAUGCACUUCAUCCGCAUGCUGGAACACUUCAGGGGCGAGGACUGGGUUUACACAUACGAGAACGCCAGGCAGAACCGUUUUGCGUACCUCGGCAACGGCUUCACGCUGCCUGAGAUGGAGAUGCUCAAGGCUGGGGCGCCGGCUUCCUGA